AUGAUGGCAACUGGUGAUGAUGAGGAAGAUGAUGUCAAUGAGGAAGAUAAUGGCUACCAUUUCAGGUGGUUCUGCAAGGGAAGGUGCGAGUAUAUGGAUGUUCAGAUGUACAUUCUGUAUUAUCUCUAUCUACCUUGCUGGAACAUGAUGCUGGACCAGGUGGAUUUCUCGGACCCUCUCUGGGGUGCAGACUCUGACCAAGAAUCCCCCACUGGGGGUGACCUCAGGGGAGACUGCUGCUUCCUGGACAACCCAGCCUUGAAAGCAGAAAAUGGAGAAAAUGCCAGGCCUGGGGGAGCACCCAACCUGCAGCGUCUGAGCCGGGAGGAGAAACGACGGAGCCGGCGGGCUACAGCGAACUACCGCUCAGCUCAUGCCACCCGGGAGAGAAGCCGGGUGGAGGCAUUCAACAUGGCCUAUGGGGAGCUCCGACAGCUGCUGCCCACUCUGCCCCCCGACAAGAAACUCUCAAAGAUUGAGGUCCUCCGGCUGGCCAUCUGCUAUAUCUCCUACCUCAAUCAUGUUCUGGAUAUUUAG